AUGCGUUUCGCUCUCAUCCUCAGCCUAACGGCAGCCUCGCUUGCUGCCCCAACAAACUUCCUUGACGAUGCGUACGACUGGUCAGAUGAGUUGGCCGAGUUUUACGGAAAAGUGAGCCAGUUUAUCAGCACCGCAAAACACACCACGAGGGCAUCGGCGGCGUGCGAUGUUUCGAAAAUAUCUCUACCGUCCUACGCAUCGGGUCUCACCAGCCCUACAGGGCUGAAGCCAAUCUAUGUCGCACUUGGACGAGGCACUCAGAACUAUACAUGCGCCGAUUCCACAUCUAGCACCGCACCCGUAGCAAUCGGCGCCGUUGCAAGACUCUACAACGCCACCUGCAUUGCAGCCAACUAUCCCAGCAUCCUGGAGAGCCUCCCUAAUCUGGCGUACAAAAUCGCACUCCCAACCAAUGAGGGCGCCUCAUUGCCUCCAGCCAACCUCGAUCUGAUGGGCCACCAUUUCUUCUACGAUGCCACAACCCCAGAGUUCAACCUGAACACCACCCCCGACAACCAAGCCGGCAUCGUCAUGUCAAAGAAAGAAGGCAGCAUCGUUGCUCCCUCAACCGCUGCCGCCGGAGAGUAUGGUGCCGUGCCUUGGCUUUAUUUGACUCAUACAGACGGCACGGUGGGCGACUACAAGAGUGUAUAUCGGGUAGACACUGCUGCUGGGUCGCCGCCGAAGACCUGUCACAAAAUGCCAGCUGCUUUCCAGAUUCAGUAUUCUGCUAAUUACUACUUCUUUGGGCAGUAG